GUGAGUGGAUGAGCUGGAGCGGCGUGGAUGGAGCGCUGUGUGCUGCUGGAUGGACUGACAGCGUUGAUUUUCACUGACGGGAAACUUCUGCACACGCUUUAAACAUGGAGUUAGGAAGAGUUUGGUCCAGACAUCAGAGGACGCUGCUGCUCACCAUGAUGAUGUUCAAACUGGGCUUUCUGUGCACAGCAGCAGCAGACAAGUGUUUAUCGUCUCCCUGCAGCCACGGAGCCACGUGUCUGGAAUACAUGGGUGACUAUGUGUGCGUGUGCCCCAAAGGACCAGUGUGGUACAUGGGAAAAAACUGUGAUGAGCUGUAUGAUGCCUGUCUAUUUGCACCUUGCAACAACUGUACAAGCACACCAGGAACCGACCAGUUCACCUGCCUCUGCCCGGACGGCUUCACAGGACCCAACUGCACCCAGGAUGUAGACGAAUGUCAGAGCAACCCCUGCACAGGCAUCCGCUCCCUCUGUGUGAAUGGAGUCAAUGAGUAUUCCUGCCACUGCCCCCUGGGGUUAGGAGGGAAUGACUGCCAGGAUAAUGUGACCGUCUGUGUGGAGGACACAUGUCAGAAUGGGGGCACGUGUAUAGACAUCCCUGACAUUGGGUUUAGGUGCCUGUGUGCAGCGGGGUAUGAUGGGACGACCUGUGACGAGGACAUUGACGAGUGUCAGUCAGAGCCGUGUCAGAACGGAGCAAUCUGCAAAGAUGGUGUCAACGGCUACCAGUGCUUCUGUGUGCCUGGAUUCCAGGGUUAUCACUGUGACCUGGACAUCAACGAGUGUGCCUCAAGACCGUGUCAGAACAACGGGACCUGUCUGGAUGAGGUGGAUCACUACAGGUGUGACUGUGCUCCUGGAUUCAAAGGGAUUAACUGCGAGGUGGAGAUCGACGAGUGUGAGGUGCAGCCCUGUCAGAACGGCGCUACCUGUCUGGAUCAUGUAGCAGCAUACACCUGCGAGUGCAUGGCCGGCUUCCAGGGCACAGACUGCGAGGUCAACAUCGAUGAAUGUGCCAGUAUGCCCUGUCUGAACGAGGGCAGGUGUAUAGACGGUGUCAACAGCUACUCGUGUGACUGUGAUGGGACGGGCUUCUUGGGCGACCACUGUGAGGAGGAUAUCCCUGAAUGUGCCUCUGACCCCUGCCAGCAUGGAGCCACGUGUUUGGAGGGGAUCAAUGAGUACAAAUGUCUCUGUUGGCCAGGUUAUGAAGGAGAGAACUGCCAGGUGGAUAUAGACGAGUGUGAGCAGCAACCCUGCGAGAAUGACGGCGAAUGUUUCCAGCGCUCUGACAUCUUUAACUACCAGACGCUCCCUGAACUCAGCAUAGCCAACUUCAGCUAUGAAACAGCGGCUGGCUUCAUCUGCCACUGUCUGCCAGGAUUCAGCGGAGAUAACUGCUCCGUCAAUGUGGACGAGUGUGAGUCUGCUCCGUGUCAGCAUGGUGGCAGCUGUCAGGAUCUGAUCAAUUCUUAUCAAUGCGUGUGUCGAGACGGCUUCACAGGCGUACACUGCGAGGUGGACAUCAACGAGUGUGACAGCAAUCCCUGCAAGAAUGGCGCCACGUGUGAAGAUGCUGCCAACCACUACAGGUGUCACUGCCCAGCGCCAGAACCUGGCCAUGAUCCCUGGGGUGGGCCAGACUGUGACGUGCGACUGGUCGGGUGCCAACAGCACCGCUGUCAAAACGGAGCAGACUGUGUACCUGUGCUGACGGAUGACGGAGAGCACGAUUACACGUGUUUGUGUCCGCCAGGCUGGACGGGAGAACGCUGCAACACUUCCACAACCUUCUCCUUCAGCUCUGAAGGUUACGUCUUCAUUCAGCUGCCAGUGUCUGAAAAGAAGGCCAAACGGUCCACCAGUGACUACAAUCACGGACUCCACAUGCAGCUCCGCUUUAAGAGCACUUUGCCUGACAUGGUGCUGUACUACCGGGGAACCAUGGAGCGCUUUGUCUCCCUGGAGCUUGUCAAAGGCUCCCUUCAGGCCAAGGUGAAGUCAGGGAAGGUCCUGCAGGCCGUUUACCCUGGACCGGUCAAUAACGGAGAAUGGCACCAGGUCACUGUGACCAUGGACGAGAGGCUGGUUCUGGCUGUCAAAGGGCCAGGCUGUGAGAAGGAGUGUCAGGUGAAGAACGAGGGCUACAACCAUCUGAUCUUCCUCCAGCCAAGCUCAUUUCAGCAGCUGUACAUCGGAGGAGCUCCACAGGAAUAUUUAGCCCAAACAUCUAGUGGACGGGGGUUCAUUGGCUGCAUGGAGGACCUCAGAGUAGACCACAAACCACUUCUGCCCCAGGACCUCAUCAGAGAGGAGAACCAGGGUUUGGAACUGGGAUGCAGCAAAAAGGAGUGGUGUGAGGAGGACCCAUGUAUGCUGCGUGGACGGUGUGUGGACAUGUGGGUCCGUGCCAGCUGUGACUGCCAUCGGCCUUUCUACGGAGAGAGCUGUGAGGAAGAGUAUCCCCCUUGGACCUUUGGUCAUGAGGACACCAUCAGCUAUGCUGCCUUCAACAUCACAGAAACCCACGGUGACAACUUCACCAUCUCCUUCCUAAUGCGCUCCCUCAAGCACAACGGGCUGCUCCUGCAGCUCCAUCGAGAGGGGAAGCCUUACCUGACCAUCUACCUGAAGGAAGGCACUGUGGCUAUUUACAGCCCUCACACCACACUGCUGUCUGAGGCCCAGUUUGUCACCGAUGGCAUGGAUAAUUUGGUUACUGUUAAGGUGCGGUACGGCAAUGUGGUGUUUCCUAAAGCGGGGAAUCAUCGUGCCUUAGGGAACGUGAGCAUAGAAGCAGGGGAUGUGGCAUAUGUUGGAGGGCUCCCUGCAGGCAUGAACAUGAACGCCUGGGGUGGAAACUUUAAGGGCUGCCUGCAGGACAUACGGCUGGACCACAAACACCUAACUGUUGGGGACCAUCCAGGAGAUGCAGAAGUGUACCAAGAGAGCAACAAGGAGAAUGUGCUGUCAGGAUGCCUGAGUGAUGACACAUGCAAGGAUGAGCCCUGCUUCAAUGGCGGCCAGUGUCAGGUCACCUGGAAUGACUUCAAGUGCACCUGCUCCAUGAAGUACUCAGGCCGGCUGUGUGAGACACGGUUGUGGUGCGUCGACAAGCCUUGUUUUGAUGGAGUGGACUGUGUGGACCUGCAGGACGGUUACGAGUGUUUAACUGAGGCCAGUUUUCAGGACAAUGCUCUCCAGUAUAUUGCUAACAGCUCCUUGCUGAGCCCUGUAACCAGCAUCAUUCUUGAAAUGCGGACCCGUGACACGGAUGGGAUCAUCCUACGAGCUGAGAGCAGAGCUCAAGUCUUCUGCUUGGGUCUGCUCAACUCCUCCCUGCUGGUCAAAAUGGACAGUGGGAUGGACUCAGAGCUGCAGGCCUUCACGAGUGACAGGACCAUCGCAGAUGGAGCGUGGCAUCGAAUCCAGCUGACCAUGGUGAACGCCACGCAGCUAGAAUCCCGCUGGCGCCUCACCGUGGACGGACAGAGAGUCGGUGGCACCUACGGUGAGAGCGGAAAUCUGAACUUCCUGAAUGAAACUAAGAUCUGGCUGGCUGAGAAGUACACUGGAUGUUUAGGGGAGGUGCGAGUGGGCGAUGUCUACCUGCCACUCAUUAAAGUACGAAACCCUCCUCAGAUGAGCCGUUUCUCCAGACUAGGUGGGCAUGAGCCGACCAUUGGGUGCAAAGGUGAACCCAUCUGUGACUCCCAGCCUUGCCUCAACCAAGGUGUGUGUCAGGACCAGUUCAAUGAGUUUAACUGCAGCUGCAGUGCAGGAUGGGAAGGAAAGCUGUGUGAGGCAGAGAUAAACGAGUGCGCUUCAAUCCCCUGUGUCUACGGUUCAUGUAAAGACCUUCUGGCAGACUACUUUUGUGAGUGUGAGCCCGGAUACACGGGCAAGAACUGCCAGGAAGAGGUUGAUAACUGUCUGGAGUUCAACUGUGUGAACGGAGGAACCUGCCUGGAAACGAUGGGUGUUCAUACGUGUUCAUGUCCUCCAGGAUACAUCGGCAAACGCUGCCAGUGGAGAUAUCCUCCAGUGGCCUGUGAUGCUAACAGAGAAUGUCUGAACGGAGGAGUUUGUAUUGGCGGAGACUCUGGGGGAAACUGCACCUGUAAGCCAGGAUACACCGGUGACAGGUGUGAGACAGAAAUAGACGAGUGUGAGUCCAGCCCCUGUCUGAACGGAGCCACCUGUCUGGACAGACUCAACCACUUCCAGUGUGUGUGUGUGCCGGGCUACAGCGGAAAACUGUGUGAGAGAAACAAAGGGCAGCAGAGGGAGCGAGUCCCCUGGCUGGCGGUGACCAUCCCACUGACCACGCUGUGUGUGUUGCUGGCUAUCCUCGUCGUGUUUUUCCUAAUCAUGACAGCACGGAAGAAGCGACAGUCAGAAGGCACGUACAGCCCGAGCGCGCAGGAGGUAGCCGGGGCCAGGCUGGAGAUGGGCAGCGUCCUCAAAGUGCCGCCAGAGGAGAGGCUGAUCUGAGGCCUGCAGCUCUGCAAACAUGGACGGGUGAGGAGAGCACAUGCUCUGUACAGGGUGGAGAGAACACAUGCUCUGCAGGGUCAAACUGCUGACCCUUUGCUGCCUUACAAGGAAGUGAUGGAGGACUUCUAAAUGACUAAAUGUCCACCAGGGAAAACUACUGACAUUGAGGCCUGGGAGAUGGACAGUGAAGAUGAGAGGCUGAGAGAGACAUCCAUGGGUUUACUCAUGCUGUGGUCAAAGAAUGCUCUGACCUUUGUUGCUCCCCUAAAAAGUGGAGUAUGGAGGAAUAUUUCAAGCUCUAAUCUUGAGGUGUACCACAUGUAAAAAG